GAUCCCCUCCCCCCCGCUCUUCCCCUCCCCGCUGCACCACCACACCACCUUGUUCCUCUCAGCGAGUCGGACGCACGGACGGAGUUUGUUUGUCGGCGUCGCAGUGUACAACUGACAAAUUGCUAUUUGCAAAGCGAAUUUGCUCUUCCGUCACCAUGAGUCAUACUAUUCUUCUGGUUCAGCCGGGUGUAAAACCUGAAACAAGAACAUACUCAGACUAUGAGUCUGUUAAUGAGUGCAUGGAGGGAGUUUGCAAGAUUUAUGAAGAACAUUUGAAACGACAAAACCCUGACACACCUUGCAUUACGUAUGAUAUUAGCCAGCUUUUUGACUUUGUCGAUCAAUUGGCUGACCUGUCCUGCUUGGUGUACCAAAAAGGUAGCAACACGUAUGCACCCUACAACAAGGACUGGAUCAAAGAAAAGAUUUAUGUGUUACUUCGUAGGCAAGCUUCAAGUUCCAACAGUUAAUCUUCUCUUCUCUUUUUCGAUACUUCAAAGUGUCAAGGUUUCUGUUAAAUCUUGUUUUUUUUUUUUUUACAUCUCGAUUAAGUACCUUGUAAUUAUUUUAUUCACUGUGCACUAUGACAAGUCAAGUGAUGAUCAAGUGUAAUCCACUAUGCUUAAAGUUUCAUUUUAGUGUGACGUCUUUUUUUGAAUCAGCAAUUUUAAGGUUGAUCUGUUGGUAAUUGCAUGCCAAAGUAAUUCUUUACUUUUUGAAUUUUUUUUUUUUUGUGAACUUCAAUAUACAUCUUAAGUCAUUAAGUAAGGAAAUUAAAUGUAGUCUACUGUGAAGCUCAGUUUU